AUGAAUUUAAAAGAUGAAUAAUUUAAUGAAGAAAUCUGCGUGAAAAUAAAGACUUUGGAUAAUCAUACUCUAGAUGUUCGAAUUAAAUAAAGCUCAACGGUGAACGAUCUUAAAAAUUUAAUCGAAAUAUCUUCAACCAUCCCAUCAUCGAGAUAGAGAUUACUAUUUAAGGGAAGGUAACUUAAUAAUGAGGAUACUUUGGUUUCUUUGAACAUUGAGGAUUAAUGCGUUGUUCAUUUGGUUGCCAAUAUGCCUGAAUUUGAAUCAUCCCCUUUAAAUAGAGGACUAUCUACUAGUUCAAUCGAUGAGCACGAUAAUAGAAAUAGUUUCGAUGUACAAGAGAGCAGAAGAAACUCUAGAAAAAAGGUUCUAUAGCAAAGGUUACAUGGAUUUUAAUAAUUGCCUACAAGGAAUUCCUUAUAACAAAAUGUUAUGACUUUACACAAUCUUUUAUAAUCAUUCAAUACAGUGGCUGAAGUCAUCGAGCAAGGCUAAAUAUUUGCCCAGAAGGACUUUGAACUCGGUUAAUGGAUUGAUUUUAAGGAUUCCUAUGGUGAAUGGCUUGAAGGUUAUAUUGGCUAAAAAUAAUAAAAUCAAGUUUUGAUAAUUCAUUAAAAUGGAGAAGAAUGGAUAGGAGUUCCCUCUUUAAGAUUAGCCUUAUUCAGAUCCCACACUAUACAAAAAACUUAUCACAUGUCUCCCAUCUUAAAUAAUCACGAAUAACAAUAGUUAUGGACCUUUAGCGAACUGCUUGGUCAAACGGCUAUGUUGUUAUCCAGGGCUGGCAAUAUGAUGUCUAGAUUGGCAGAUAGUGUUGAAGACAAGUCAAUUCCUUAAAAUAAAAAGGCUGAUAUGUCCAAUCUUAUUACUGGAAUGAUUGAGGAACAAAGAAGGAUUCAGGAAGAAAAAGUGGAGAAAUAAGAUGAUGUUACAUCUCUGAAAUCUAUGAAGUCCAUGAAAUCCGACAAGAUAUCUAUUGAUUAUGAAACAUCAUCAAUUAAAUCGAUGAAGUAUAUUGUUGAACUAAUUAGAUCUGACAUCUCCAAAUUGACUACUUAUUUCAUUGGCCAUAAUCAUAACACUAUGAUGGCCGAAAAUAUUGCAGAAGAAGAGGAGAACAGCAGUUAGGACAUGUCAGUUGAUAAUCAAAGAGAUGCGGCCAACAUUUCCAAAGAAUUUAAGGAAAAUUAUGCUUAUUAUGAGACUUCUUUGCUGGCUGCCUAAUUAGCCCCUUUAGCUGAUAGACUAGGGAGAUUAUUAGUUGAUUUAUCCCCAUAUCUUGCCUUGAGUGGAGCCAACAUUAACAAUAUCUUUCAAAAUCAUCCUAAUUCCAAUAUAUCCAAUUUAUCCAUCAUUACUAAUGAAGGCAGUCAAUAUUCAACUUAAGCUAAGCAAUAUUAUUUUCAAGUGCCUAUUUUGUUAACACCUUUUGAAUUGCAUACACAAUCCUAAUAGGGAAUAUCAGCCAACAGAAUUGUAGGAGAUAAUGUCGACAUCUUAAAUCAUUUAAACAACAAUAAUAAUAGUAAUAGCAAUAGCAAUCCUCGAUAAAAAAAAAUAUCAAAAAAAGAGGAGGAAGAAAAGUAACAGUUUGUUACCUUAUCUAAGUAUAAACCAACUUAAUAAUAUCAUUCAUCAUAUUAGUAAUAGUAAUAACAAUAAUAAUUGUAAUAACAAUAAUAGUAAUAACAAUAAUAGUAUUAAUAAUAAAUGAAAGAAGCCAAUUUUUAAGUUAUUGAUUAGGAUGAUUCCUAACAAUUAUAACAAUAUUAAUCAUCAAAGAAAUAAUCAACUGAUGGCCAAAUUAAAAAGAAAAAGAAAGGCAAAGAAGUAUCUUUUUCAGAAUAAAUUAAUCAACUGAAAAAGGACAAAUAGUUUUGA